GUUGACAUCAGUUUUUUCUGGAUUGACGGAUCGAGGACGAUUGCUCGCCUGCUCGAAGAAUAUCAAGAAAUUUCAUCCCAGCGUCGUCUCUAGUCUCAUCAGUCGACAUCCGCGAGCAGAAGCAGCAGAGGGCACCAUGGCAUCGACGGCAGGACGUGUGCUGGUGUACGGCGGCAAGGGAGCGCUGGGCAGCUCGAUCGUGUCCCUGUUCCGGCAGCACAAGUGGUGGGUGGGCUGCGUGGACCACUUCGCCAACGAAGAGGCCGACGCCAACAUCUUCGUCGAGUCGAGCGACUCGUGGACCAAGCAGCACGAUGCCGUGCUCCAGGCGGUGGCCAAGGCGCUCCAGGGUGACAAGGUGGAUGCCGUCAUCUGCGUGGCCGGAGGUUGGGUGGGCGGCAACUGCGCGUCCGCCGACUUCGCCCACCAGUGCGACUCCAUGUGGAAGUCUAGCGUCUGGACGUCGGCCAUCGCCGCGGGCCUGGCCGCCCACCACCUCAAGGAAGGCGGCCUGCUGGCCCUCACGGGGGCCCAGGCCGCCCUCAAGCCCACGCCCGGCAUGAUCGGCUACGGCAUGGCCAAGGCCGCCGUCCACCACCUUGUGGGCAGUCUGGCCGGCGCCAAGAGCGGGCUGCCCAAGGCGGCUUCCGUGGUGGCGCUGCUGCCGGUGACGCUGGACACGCCGGCCAACCGGAACGCCAUGCCCAAGGCCAACUUCGGGUCUUGGACGCCGCUCAGCUUUGUGGCCGAGACGCUGUUCAAGUGGACCAGUGGAUCGGAGAGGCCCUCUAGCGGCAGCCUCGUCCAGCUGGAGACUAAGGAGGGCAAUACCUCCUUGACCAUCGCCAGCCCAAUGUAGUUGACCACUUCUGUACGCGGUUUCACCUUACGAUGAACCGGGGCGGACGUUAGGGGCCAUCCCAGCCAAUCCGGCUCUAGGAGAGUAUCAUCACCACGCGUGUUGCUGCGCUUCUCCCAAAGGUCAUGUGACAUUCACACGGCAUUUGGCUUACAUGGCUUGUAGCGUAUGCCGCGGUCCACCGCAAAGUGAGUAAAUGCUGUUACCAGAAAGAAUGGCUAAGCUCCUUUCAAAGUAUCCGUGUAACUGCCAUAUCGCUGGGGCCGUUCCUGUGUGAUGUACUGGUUAUUAUCGUCCAUCGUGCCAAGGAUGGUUCACCGCCUCUCAACAUGUUUUUUAUUCUGUAGGUGGGAGUGGACCAUUGAGAUGUUCCGAUUAACCAUCCGGAAUCUUAAGAAUGUCCGAAUAAAUUAUCAGUAAUCUCUGGAAUUAACUCUAGAAGCAGGACGAGGACUUUCUGAAGUGACCUGGAUGGGCCAUCAGAAUGUCCUUAUGAAGCCGCUACUGAACCAUCGGAAGUUCCGGGCGAAUCAAUCCGGGUCUCUGGAAGGUCCCGAUGAACGAGCUUGUCCCGAAGAAUCGUCGGGAGUUUCCGCGAGGUCUUCGGGUGUGAGGGCAAGCGAGCAAGAGUGUGGUUAGGGGAGGCUCGUAUUUCCGUUUGCUGGUUGGCGGUGAUGUUAAUUCUCGUAAAACGCGGGCACAACUCCAGCCUGCAUUUGUGCUCGUGCAAGUGUGUGCUCCGUGAAACUAUAGUUACUAUGCAGCUACGAAAUAAUAAAACCCGUUUGGUGUAA